AUGGCAGCCACAACGAGCACAGAAGGCUGCGAAUUGGAGGGAGAUAAGACUGAUUGCGGUGGUGGUCUGGCAGAGGGUGGAUUGUCUCCACCAGAUCAGGUGUCCCCUGCGGAAGAAGGCCUGCCUAUCACCACCGCUCCUGCGGACUUUGUUUCUCCCUUUGUUUCCCCUGUGGUGGCAAACUGUAAUUCCACCAAUUAUCAAUGUAGAACUCCUUAUCGAAAAAGGAAAAGCGAAAGUUCACUUGAUCUACGCAGCCAGCUACCUUGCAAGAAACUCUUUCCUGAAGACAGUCCUAUCAAUAAUUGCAAUGGAAAGAAAAAACAACAAGAACCUCCUCCAAAUGACAAACAGAAGCAGCAGAGGGUACCAUCUGUUUCAUCAUCGAAAGACAUCCCUCCACCUGAGAUGUCAGAAUGGCUCUCUCAGUUUCAGAAGUGGACAAAUGCUGAAAGAAUUAUCGCCAUCAAUAGGCUAGUAGAGUCGUGUGAACCGUCACAAGUGAGACACAUGAUGCAGCUAAUAGAACCCCAAUUCCAAAGGGACUUUAUUUCCCUUUUACCUAAAGAACUGGCAUUGCUGGUUCUUUCUUUUCUUGAGCCAAAGGAUCUUCUUCGAGCCGCGCAAACUUGUAGGAAUUGGAGGUUUCUAGCUGAAGACAACUUGCUAUGGAGAGAAAAGUGUAGGCAAGCCGGUAUUACUAGGGAGUCUCCCUCUCAUAGUAACCGAAGGGUUCGACAUCGGUCUCCCUCUACACCUGCAUCUCCAUGGAAGGCAGCAUUUAUGAGGCAGCAUAGAAUUGAAAUGAACUGGAGGGUAAAACCUAUUAGGCCUCCAAAGGUGCUUAAGGGACAUGAUGACCAUGUGAUAACGUGCCUUCAGUUCUCCGGGAGUAGGAUUGUGAGUGGUUCUGAUGAUAACACCUUAAAGGUCUGGUCAGCCACAACUGGAAAGUGUUUACGGACUUUGGUGGGGCAUACUGGAGGUGUUUGGUCAUCACAAAUGUCAGGCAGUACUAUUAUCAGUGGAAGCACAGAUAGAACCCUGAAGGUGUGGAAUGCAGAGACUGGUCAAUGUAUCCAUACUUUGUAUGGUCAUACUUCAACUGUUAGGUGUAUGCAUUUACAUGAAAAAAAGGUCGUAUCAGGUUCAAGGGAUGCAACAUUAAGGCUAUGGGAUGUCGACAGUGGAGAGUGUCUGCAUGUUCUUGUUGGCCAUCUCGCAGCUGUCCGCUGUGUCCAGUACAAUGGGAAACUUGUUGUCUCUGGUGCUUAUGACUACAUGGUCAAAGUUUGGGACCCAGAACGGGAGGAAUGCCUCCACACUCUCCAGGGACACACUAAUAGGGUUUACUCACUGCAGUUUGAUGGCAUUCAUGUUGUGAGUGGAUCAUUGGACACAUCAAUACGGGUUUGGGAAGUGGAAAGUGGGGUCUGUAAGCAUACACUGAUGGGCCACCAAUCAUUGACGUCUGGAAUGGAGUUAGAUAACAAUAUUUUAGUUUCAGGUAAUGCCGAUUCAACUGUUAAGGUCUGGGAUAUUAUCACUGGCCAAUGCUUACAAACCCUCUCUGGAGUUAACAAGCAUCAAUCGGCUGUGACAUGCCUUCAGUUUAAUAAUAGAUUUGUCAUCACUUCAUCUGAUGAUGGAACUGUCAAACUGUGGGAUGUUAAGACUGGGGAAUUCAUUCGCAAUCUUGUUUCGCUUGGAAGUGGAGGUAAUGGUGGAGUCGUUUGGAGAAUCAGGGCGAAUGAAACAAAAUUAGUGUGUGCUGUUGGAUCAAGAAAUGGGAAUGAAGAAACAAAACUGCUUGUGCUAGAUUUCGAUGUUGACACCAAGUGA